AUGUACGCUCUGAGACCAUCAUUCUCUGUUUCCUCUCGCCUUAAUCCUCCUUCCUUCCUCCGAAUUCAUCCAUUCCUGUAUUAUUUCUUCUCUUCUUCUUCUUCUUCUUCCCACACCCAAUCCUCUGCUUCAAAUGCAAUCGUCGUCCAAUACCUCAUCGAUACCUUCCAACUCUCCCCUGCCAGAGCGGCGUCGAUUAUGAGCUGCCGUAGAGGCCUUCAAUCGACGGAAAAGCCUCAAUCCGUUUACAAAUAUCUUUCAGACCUUGGAUUCUCCGAUGCCCACAUUCGAUCGGCGAUUCGACUCGCGCCGCAGAUCGCGUUUUCUAACAUUGAGAAAACCCUGAAGCCAAAGAUCGAGUUCUUCCAGAAUCUUGGCUUGGUCGGCUCCGAUUUGAGUAAGUUCAUCUCAAGGCAUUCUACGCUUUUGACUGUUAGUUUGGAGAAGAAAUUGAUGCCCAGUGUUGAGAUUCUUAAGAAUAUUUUACCUAAGGAUAAUUGUAAUGACGAUCUCCUACUAGUUAUCCGGCGAUGGUCUGAUAGGCUUAUGAGAACCCCAUGUAAAAGAUUGUCUAUAAAUAUUAAUUACUUACAAAGUUGUGGGAUUGUUGAUUCUCAACUCCUUAUGUUACUGAAGAGGCAAUCUUCACUUUUCGGUAGGAGUGAAUCUCGACUUAAAGAUAUUGUUUCUGUGGUUGUAGAAAUUGGGUUUUCUACCAAUACUAGAAUGUUUGUUCAUGGACUUCAUGCUAUCAGUAGUGUAAGUAAGGUGACCUUAAAGAAGAAAGUGGAGCUGAUUUGUAGCUUCGGAAUAACUGAGAAAGAAUGCAUGAGAAUGUUUACUUCUGCUCCUGUUUUGAUAAGGACUUCCAUUGGUAAGCUUAAGCUUGGUCUAGAAUUUUUCAUGAAUGAGGCCAAAGUCAGCAAAUCAGAUAUUGUUGGUAGCCCUGCUUGUUUGAUGCACGCAAUGCAGGGGAGGGUGCUCCCUCGUUAUAGAGUUCUACAGAUUGUGAAGUCGAAGAGGCUAAUGAAGAAGCACCCGAAAUUUAUCCUCACAUUGGGGAUGUCUGAUGAGGAUUUCUUGGAUAGAUUCGUGUGUAGGUUUCCUGAUAAUAUGAAGGAUUUGUUGGUGGCCUAUAGAGGUAAUUCUGUGAGUGCUAAGUAG